CUGACCUGGCCGCCCCGGCGAGUCCGCGACCCGCCUCCACGACUGCCCCGGCCCCUGCCUCCCCUUGCUCCCCAGUACCCAUCACCCGUAAAGCCAUCCCCACUCUCGCACGGCCGCGGCCCGUGGCGCCGCCUGACUCCGAGCUCGGCGACCUCCGAGCACGAGCAGUCUUGCCCACUGCCGCCGGUGACGUCCUGAGGACCUGAGCGCGACCUCUGAGCUCCUUCAGGGCAUCGAGCUCGACUCGGUUGCUCGAGAAUUUGAAGUACACUCCUGAAUGCUCAGGGCCUGUGGUGCCUACACAGACUUGCAUUUAAGAGUAAAUCUGAUGAGAAGAUUGGCAGAACAGUUAUCUUACAUUCCCAGAUCGCGUUCCUUGGUACAAUUCAAGGAAAUGUCCUCGUUCUCUGCUGGUCAUGGACGCCGUCCGAAGAAGAAGCUUUAUCACCGUGAGCCUGGUCUCGACAAGGCCAUGGACCUCCAAAAGAAGCCCGCCCUUCUCCUCCGUCUCCGUGAGCUCAUCCUGGCCCAAAAGACAGGUUCACUACUUGUACGUGACCUGGAAAAGGAGGUUGGCUUUGUCCAAAAAUGGAACUUUGUUGCACUGAUUGAGCGCCACCCCAAUAUCUUCCGUGUCUCUGGUGGAAGUACAUCGCGUGAACCCAUUGCUGUCACGCUUACUGAGAAGGCCAGAAAUAUUUCUGGUGAGGAGAUCCAAGCACAGGAGCUGAUGGAACCUAUCUUGGUAAGAAAUCUGAGGAAGCUGUUAAUGAUGUCCAUGGACUGCCAGAUCCCUUUAGAGAAGAUUGAGCUCAUCCAACCUGAAUUGGGUUUACCAAAGAACUUCAAGGACAAGUUGAUUCCAAGUUACCCUGAUUUUUUUUCAAUCCGUGAUGUGAGAGGAUUGGACCAUCUGUGUUUGGAGAGUUGGGAUUCUUCACUGGCAGUCACAGCACGAGAAGAAAAAUUGAACUUCGAUGGUUUCCAAAUGGAGUACAGAGGGGUUCCUAAAGAUGGAAAUUUACUGGGUCCUUUUGCGUUCAAGUUAAAGUAUCCAGCAGGAUUUAGGCCCAACCGGAAGUACCUUGAGGAGGUAGUCAGGUGGCAGAAGAUGGCAUUUCCUUCACCUUAUUUGAAUGCUAGGCGAGUGGAGCCUGCAACUCCACAGGCUCGGAAGCGGUCUGUUGCUGUUCUACAUGAGGUCUUAAGCUUGACAAUGCAGAAACGACUGACAUCCGACAAGCUAGAAGUCUUCCAUAACGAGUACAGGCUGCCAUGCAAGCUACUCCUUUGUUUGAUAAAAAAUCAUGGGAUCUUCUACAUUACUAACAAGGGAGCAAGAAGUACCGUCUUUCUCAAGGAGGCCUACGAUGAUACUAAUCUCAUUGAGAAGUGUCCUCUGCUGAAAUUCCAUGAUCAGUUUUCCUCUUUAAUUGGACGGCCAUGCUCCAACUUGAAUAUUCCACUGGCAGUAUAGCUCGAGUAUUGAUUUACAUGAGAAGCAAAACCAUGGUGUGUCUGGCCGGUGCACCUUCUUAGUUGAUUUCUUGAUGCUCACAUGAGCCCAUUUGCACACAACAAACUAUGUAAGUCCUCUGUACAAUGGAUGUUUCUUGCACCUUGGCUGUUAAAGAUAGAACUGUAAACACCAACGUCACAUCAUCAAAUAUGAAGCCCUUCCAGGAAUCAAGUUGCGGCUCAGCUGAUAAGAGGCACAGGUUAAGUUGAAAUGUAGGGAUUAGGUUGAGGGAUUUGAGAGGAUUAACUCCAGUAGCUUCUAAUUCCAAAAAAAAAAUUACAGCAUCAGUUCUGCUUUGUAUUAAUAUAUGUAAUGUUGAGUUUGCUUCUCCUA